GUCGACGCCGGUCUGUCCUUCACAAAGAAAGAACUGGAGACCAGCUUCGUUUUUGACCUGAGAACAGAGGAGAGGACCUGGUACCUGGUGGCCGAGUCCGAGGAGGACAUGAACCGCUGGGUGACGUCCAUCUGCCUGCUCUGUGGCUUCAACCCGACCGAUGAGGUUCCAGAAAGACUUGCAGGCUCCGCCUCUGCCCCCCCAGCCUGUGGCACUCCCACUGUCUCCACGGUGACAGGGCAAGUCCCGCCCCCGUACGACCCCGUGAGCGUGCGUCACCUGGAACAUGACAGCAGCACGGAGGAUGACUACCUGUGGCUGUCGAACUGCCAGAGUCACAUCAGCCCUCCUUUAGGUUCAUCAACUUCUCUGGAAACCGACUGCAACGACAACCUCUACCCUCCUCCCUCAGCCACCUCAUGUUCCUCGUCCUCCUCUUCCUCUCCUUCCCUCCCUCCUAACAGCCUCCCACCCGCGGCCUCGUCCAGCUUUAGGACCGCCCCUUGGACAGUCGCUGCCAUGACCAGCCCUCUCAGCCAAUCAUUGGACGCCACCAUGACCUCUGACUUCCUGAAACGAGCCAGGCCUCACUGCCAGCCUUCUGCUCAUCCCAGAAAGCACUCUCUGGAUUUCUACCUGCAUCCUCUGGCCGUACGGCUCGGGGCUGACGUGCACUCUGACGUGCACUCUGACGUGCACUCUGACGUGCACUCUGACGUGCACUCUGACGUGCACCCUGACCUGCACCAGUCCUCCGCCCCAAGUGGUUACCAAGUCCCCCGUCCAGCAUCCACCCCACAGCCGCCUCUGCCCCGCCGGCCGUCAUCUACCCCCAGCGUGGACUCCCUGAGCCAGGCAGAGCUCCACACCUCCAUCCCGACACUCCCCCCUCCUCCUCGGCCACCCAAGCCCCCAACUGCCACCCCACUAGGAGGGAGCUUCACUGUUGGCCUGGGGCCUGCUACUCUGCCCAGAACCAGCUCAGAGUCAGAGAGGAGGGAUGAAAUGAGAGGAGGACACCUGAUGAAAGGCUGGGAGGCUUUCCCCAUCCCUCGAUGUUGGUCUGACAGAGCCAACAUGUUCGAGUUCAGCGAGAGUUUCAACAGUUACUUUCUUAAUAAAGGCAUGGUGCCUCUGGGCAGUGUUUAUUCUGAAGAUGACGUGGAUGAAAACUAUGUUCCGAUGAGCGCUGCUGCUACUGAGCCCCCGGUUGCACCGCGGGUCCAUCCUGGUGCUCAUUCAGACCCCUCAGACCAGCAUCAGGACAACUACAUCCCCAUGACCCCGCUGACUUCCUCCCUCCCCGCCCACCCCAGUCCUGCCACAGGUGACCUGGUAUUUCUGGGGAGGCAGGUGCCUCCACCGGCCCAUAUGGGUUUCCGUAACUCCACAAAGACUCCAAUCAUUCCCUCCACCCCGCCCCUCCAAAGGAAUGCUGCGAGCGUCAGUGGAGGUGAAGCCGACGUGGCCCCCCCUCCGAUCCACCGCAACCUGAAACCACAGCGGAGAGGAGUUUGCACCAAUCAGUCUGUAGAAAGAAGUGACAGGCAGACUGCUGGAGAGCCAAGACAAAAAACAAAAGUGAAACCAGCUCCUCUGGACAUCACUCUGGUUCCUCAGGACUGGCAGGAAGUCCCGCCCCCUGUGCGCUCACCUGUCACACGCACUUUCACUCGAGGUCCUUUCAGUCGUCGGUCAGUCAGACCAAUCUCUGCUCAAAGCUCCUCCCCCUCCUCUGACUCUGAUGACACUGAUGACAACUACGUCCCCAUGACAACGUCAAGCCUCAGUUUUAGCGCAGAGGAGCCG